AUGAUGCCAACUCCAGUAGCACGUGGACGUGUUGUUAGGCCGUUAGGGAAAGAACCUGAGAAGUGCUCUAGCGCGGAAAGUAUGGAGGCAGCAUCACAGUCAUAUGCUGCCUUAAUGAACCAGCCCGUCCCACCGGAGCCGAGUCUCGCGCCGAUACCCACAGCGGAGUCAAUUCGCCAUUGGAUUCAUGCAGCUAUCUAUGAGCCUGAUCCUGCGCGUCCCUACUCGAUCAUGAAACCACCGGAGGAUCGUCCUGUCCGGAUCUAUGCCGACGGUGUGUACGAUUUGUUUCAUUAUGCACAUGCUCUGCAGCUUCGACAAGCCAAACUGUCAUUUCCUAAUGUACACUUGAUUGUGGGUGUGGUGUCAUCGACGCUUUGCGCAACGCAUAAAAACCGGCCUAUUUUGGAAUCUGCCGAGCGUUACGAAGCCGUGCGUAACUGCCGUUGGGUCGAUGAAGUGAUUGAGGAUGCUCCGUGGGUCAUUGACCAGGCUUUCAUGGAUAAGCUUCAGAUUGAUUAUGUUGCGCACGACGAAGCACCUUACGCCAUGGCCUCAUCGGGCGCUGCAAGCACUGAUGUGUACGAUUGGAUUAAGCAAGCAGGCAAGUUUUUGCCGACACGCCGGACAGAAGGUAUCAGUACCAGUGAUCUUGUAGCAAGGAUCGUCGCCAUAUAUCGAGAUGGACACUUGGAUGCGAAACUAAAGAAGAUGGGCGAGGAUGCACUGGUCUCGACCGCCAAUGCAAAUUGA